AUGGCGAAUCCCGACGAACAUGUUGAGAGACUCGGCGCCCCCAUGGCGAAUCCGGACGAACAUGACGAGAAUAUGAUGGGAGAGCAUGCUGAGAAGGAGUAUGCCGAUUUCGAGGCGAGGGUCAAGAGGACGAUAUACAUCGACCACCUCUCCCCUGUGGUUACUAGGCAGGUUAUCAGAGCAGCUCUUUCCCAGUGUGCGAAUGUUGUCAGCGUGGAGUUCGUUGAGAACUACACGAUCCCGUACGACAUCCCUGCGGCCGCGCUGGUGGAAUUGGACGACGAGUCGCAGGCCAAGUCUGCUGUGGACUUGAUGCGAGACUUCCCCUUCAUAAUUGGCGGAAUGCCCAGGCCUGUCCGGGCUAGCUUGGCAAGGCCCGAGAUGUUUCCUGAUCGUCCGAGCCCGCCUGGCUCGAAGAUGGAGUUCCUUUGGCUGAAACAAGGAGAUCCGGAGUAUGAUGGGAUGAGCAAGCUCAAGAGCCUUGCAAAGAGGCAGGAAGCAGAGAACAUGGCGCUCAUCAAGAAUAUACUGGAGGAGGAGAAGGAGCUGGCGGCUCAGCAGCAGAUAAUGCUUGACGCCAACUACCACAAAUACGACUUGCUUGAGAACAUCGUGCAAAACGGGACCAUCAAGAACCUUGCUGGCCACUAUAGGGUCAACUUGUUCGACGGCUGA